AUGGGAGAAGGGCAGGAAGGAAGAUUUUAGAAUGGCGGAUAGUAUAAGUGUUCAGAAAUUUAAGCCAAAACUAUUAUUUCCAAGUCAUACUCCUCAGAGAGAAAAAGAGCAUGAUCAGACACUACUCUCAGACACUGACUCAGAAAUAGAGAAUAAUAUCACUGUUUACAAUAAAAAUGGGCACAAGGAUCAUUGGGCUGUUUUAAUGAAGGCAAAAGAUGAAGAAGCUAAUGAAAGAGAGAAACUAGAAAGAGAAGAGUUUAAACAUAAACAAGAGCAGUAUAAAAGAGACCUUGAGUCUCAAAUAAAAUCUAACAACAGUCAGUUCAAGAACCUAGAAAGACUGGGUAAAGAUAUGGAGAAGACUCAGACAUCUCGCAUGCUGGAAAACAUCAGGAAGGAUAUUAACAAGGAAGAGCAUACCAAGUUUCAUAAAUAAGAAGAAAGAGCUCGAAAUUGCUCGAGAAAAUCUUGACAACUAUUCAGCUCUCAGAAGAAUUAAGAAGAAGACAGAUGAAGAGGAAGAUAACUAUCUUAAAUCUUACAUUGACAAGAAAACGAAACAAGCUGAAAGGAGCAGAGAUAGAGAAUUCCAAGACCAGAAACAAAAGGAAAUUGAAGUAAGGAAUUUUAACAAAAACAUUGCGCUCAAUAAGAACCUGAAUGAAGCAAAUUUCUCCAAUGGAAAGCCAAUUGAUAGUGACAUUUACACCUAAGA